AUGUCUCCUCGUGUUAACGAUACAUCGACCUCUGUCAACCAGGGUCUCUUUAGUCCUAGGGCUAAAGCCACGAUCCUUCAAGAACUGGACCGUCUUACCGCAACAUUUCCCGCUGAAGCUCGUCAUACGGUUCAAGUCGGAGCAUGGUUCGCUCACGAGUCCCUCGUUGCCCGUAACAUCCAGCACGAAAACAUGAUCGACCCCCACGCCAACAUCUAUGGACUUAUGAACGAUGCCGUGGUCGAUGAGACAUACAACCUCAGAAGCGAAGCCAUUCACUGGUGGAAUAUCAUUGGAUCCGGAUUCAAGUCCUACUGGAUGCGCUGGAUCACUCCGGCCCAUCGUGAGAUAAUUUUGCUUAGCGCAUUUUAUGGCACCUACAAGACCCCCCGAGGCGAGGAAUAUGCCAAGUACUUGCUCGACUUCAGUAUUCCCCAGCUCUUGGAAAACAAUGGAGGGAAGCUCAUUGCCUUCAUUGAGAAUGUUAUCCAGCGGGGUAUCAUGGAGUUAGAUGCUUCUGUUCCCCCUUUAAACGACGAGUUGGACCAGACGAUCAGUCACUGGAUCGCUGAGCUUGACGACAAAAACGAGUACGGCAGGUACAAAGGGGAUAACAUUAUGUGCCUUAAGGCCAUGAUACAUUUUUCACGAGCAACCUUCGCCAUGCGUUUCACAAGCCAGGUCAUGGAGCUGUGGCAAGUCAUCAGUGGUGAAUUUUCUGCGGAUCUGGUCUCCGAGGCGAAUCCGUUGGGAAUCAAGAACAAUUUCGACGGCACAUUCAGUGUUGCCAGAACUACCAUCCCAUCCGGCCCACAGGGCGAGUCCAAGAAGCCUUCCAAAAAGAAGGGCAAAAAGAGCCACAGGGGAAAGAAUGGUAAAGCGCUGUACCAGGUCCGGAAGAAGGAGGCGAAGGCCGAAGCACUCCAAAUUGCUGAUACCCUGGCCACGGUUGACGAGUCGACCGAGACGGACGCUGUUACGAUGCCACUUGAUUCAGCGGAGGAGUUCACCUUGCAUGCCUCUACGGAAAUCUCCAUGGAUGACGAUAUGGACGGCGAUAGUGAGGCUACAAUGACCUUCAUAGAUGAGAAGGACGAUGUGAUCAUGACCGAUCCCCAAGAACCCUGGCCAGUUGAUGCGAGCGAGGAUGAAGGAUGCGCUUACGCCACGGCCAUCGUUGGCGAUACAGAUCUGGCCGAGGGGAUCUCUAAAGUUCCAGGCGUGGACUUGAAAAAUCUUACUGCGGUGGACCAGCAACUCAAAUCGGAUACUCCUGAUCGGUUUUCCGAGGGUGAAAAGGCAGAACUGGUCAUGGUCCUGAGUACCUCCGGAGAUGCGUCCACGGUGGAGGAACAUUUGGCCACAGAGAAUCCUUUCGCUCUCAGUACCCACAAGCCACGCAAUAAUUUGUGGGAGAAUCUUGAACUUCGCCAGUGGCGUUCUCAACAUCCCGAAGUGCCGGCCAUGACAGACAAGAAGAAAGAGGAUGCGGCCGCCAAGUUGCAAAUUCGUCGUGAGCUCACUAAGGCCAGGAUCCGCGAUACCCCUUGGGUCCAUAGCGGUAUGCGCGCCUGGUAUGCUCGCAGCAGUUGGGGAUCCUUGUCGGGCUCACCGGAAGCGCUGGGAAUGACGGCCAAGGUGGUCGAGGACGCCGCUAAAGAUGCUGCCCCUGUUCCGACUCCGUUUAAGAUGUUUAAAUGCUUGUGGAAUCCCAGUGCAUUCCGUCAAGAGAAUACCGGAAGAUUCGGAUCUGAGACUCCGCAUUCUGAGAGUCAGAAGGAUUUCCUCGAGCGGCACCAGGGAGUUUGGGAUAAUCUGGUUCCCGAAGAUCAUAAUCUGAGCCAACCCGAGUAUGAAGAUCUCAUGGCGAUACCAGGCUCCUUGCCAGUAUAUUCGAGCUCGAGCUCUUCUAAGAGCAGCUCUGGAUCAGAAUCAGGCGCAUCUGUCUAUGUUGAUGCCAAGUUAUUUGCCGAGGACUCGGAACGAUAUCUCUAUACCGAGGAAUGUGGAGGCUCUGGUAUCGAGACCUUAAAGAGUCACGAGGCGGAGGGUACUACCGAGUUUAUAGGCCCGGCAGUGAACUCUGAGAUCGCCGAGCUAGACGAUGAUGUUGUCAACAUCGUCGCCACCGAGACUGACGAAGUUCCCGACUUCACCGGCAUCAUCGAAAACAUUGAAGUCGACGAAGCUGUUGUGACCACCGAGAACUCCGAUCUCACUGAGAGCGUAGAAGUUCCCAAUGUCACCGGCAUCAUCGAAAACAUUGAAGUCGACGAAGCUAUUGUGAUCACCGAGAACUCCGAUCUCACUGAGACUGUCGAGAUCGAGAAUGUCGCUCACUCCGUCGAAUCAGAUAGAAUUGUCAAAGUUUGCGGUACACAGACUUCUGGAGCUGGCGAUACGGUGGAAGCGGUUGGCGCCACAGGAGCUUCCAAAGUCCUGGACCCCAUCGAUCAAGCGUCUGAGGAGAUCGUCUUGCCUUCUGAUGCUGACGUCGAGAUUGAGUGCGAUGGGGCUUCAGUCGAAACAGACCUUGAAAUGCUACAGACUCCGGCCCUGGGCCACUCUCCUGAGGUUAUUGUUUUGGAAGACGAAAAUUCUAAUCUCGUCGAUGAUAGGCUUCUACUGGCUUCUACUGCGCUUAUCCCGAACACUGCUGUAAUAGAAGUCCAAGAUCGCAAACCUCAUCGUCCAUCGAAGGUUUACAUCGCAAUUCCGCAUAUGUUCUGGAAGAAGCAGAUUAAACCGAGCAUCGUCAUGAAUUCGCCGGGUCCGGAUGUUUCACCUGUCGAGAAGGCUGGUAGGCGCAAGAAGUCUCCUCGUCCCAAAAAGAAGAACAGGGCAAAUAAGAAGCUACAGUCUGUCAAUCCUUCCAUUCAGAAUGAUACAACGGCUCCACCUAAAGAGCCAGAGCCGCCGAGAACCGCCGCGAAGACGGACCAGACUGUCGAAGAUGUUAUAGGGGCACCUACACUCGUCGAGAAUCAACCUGUGGCCGAAGUUUCCUCGCAGGGUUCUUCGCCCAUAUUGGAAACGGAACAUACUUCCGCCGCUGGAACUCAUGUUGUCUCGCUCACUUCUAAAGAAGAACCAGACGUCAACGCUGUUUAUCCACUCGUCUCUAAGGAGGAACUAGUCGUUAACGCUGUUUCGGAUGCUUCCUUGCCCGUGAUAGAGAAGUUGCAUAUUGUCCAGGGUGGCUCUGAAGUUUCUUUGUUCGAGCCAGAGAAGGAAUCAGCUAUCGAAAUUGGUUCUGAUGAUGCGCUGCUGAUACCGGAGAAGCCUCUAGUGAAUGUGGAGGUCGAAUUGAAGGUCAAGGAGGCUUCCGGGCUCGAAGAACCCAAAUGCAAUCAUCGGGAAUCCCACGCUGAACCGUUGGCUCCUUCGACCUUGGAAAUACCUACUAUCAUAGUCGAGGAGCAUCACGAUGACCUUACCAUCCAUACUGAGAAGUAUACUACUGGCCCUACUAUCUCGGCCCAAGGCUUUUACAUUGAGGAUCCCAACGCAACGGGAGAAGGUCUUCAGGAAGGACCUGGGUUUGCAGACCGUGUUCGGAUUUUGCUAUCCAAGUCCUCGCCUUCUAGCUCCUUGGCACCUUCUCGUCAGGACAACCGGAAUAACAACGACCGCGAAGAUUGCUCUGUGGAAAUUGUUCAUGGCAAGUUGAGCAGAUCCUCCGGUGGUCAGUAUGCUCAGCGAGGCGGUAGCCCUAGUGGCCGCGGUGGCCGCGGUGGUCGUUAUGGUCAGAACCGCCAGAGAAUCCGUGGUCCCAAGAAUAAUGGGUUUCUUCAAGCUCCGAAUGAGCAGAGGAUGCAUUGGAGCCCCGCCAAUCCCCACCCCCAUCAGUUUGGUCCGUACAAUUUACUUUCCCAGCAGUGUAGCCAGUCCAUGGCACCACCUCCAGGACUCACCUAUUCGAACGCCCUCACUCUUCCAUACCAGCCGCAGGUGUUCAUACCGCCCUGGUAUAACGGCACAAGAGACGUUGCUGAGCACAGGGGCACGGCAUACCACAUCUCCGGAGGCGACAUGGUCGGCUACUUCGGAUUUCCGAAGAUCCCUCUUGAGCUCCUCUCGGUCGUCAAGGAUGCCCGCCUCGGCUCGCUCAAAUUCCAGUGCUUCCACUGCCGGGCGCUCCUCACGCACGAGAACUCGGUCGUAUGCCUAAUCUGCGGUGUCAACAGUGCCACCAGAUUCUGCGACGACCGUUGCCGCUAUGCCGACGGUGGGCACUGGCAAUUCUGCGGCCUCGAUGGGCUUCCCUACAGGACGGACUACCACCCGCCCAUGUACUCGGGACCUCUCCGCACGAGGGGGAAUGCGAAUGUCUACCUUUACUGGCAGACGACUGUGCUCCACGACUAUCCGGGCUUCGACUACAUAGUCUUCGGCCGGGGCUUCCUGCGGAACCAGCCGCCGCACAUUUUCAAGGCCGUAGUCUUCGGCUCCCAGACCCUCCGCAACCGCUUCCACGCGGUUCUCAAGCGCGCGGUCUGGGACUUUGACCGACGAAGCGUCAUCCUUCUCUUCCGUGUGGUUCGCCACUGGGCGAGGAAGCAGGGGUGGGUUCUCCCCGAGGGCGUCAUCGAGGACCAGUUCGAGAUGGAGUUCGGUAGCGCGUUCGCUGAGUUCCGCCACUCGUACUUCCCGGACUCCAUGCCGUCCGAGUACGAGUGGCGCGAGCAUGAGAGUCAUCUCGGGGGACUCCUCCUAAGGGAGGGAUUCCCCGGGAUGGCGGUCAUCAGCACCAAGCUUCCGCUGGUGGGCCAGGAGCCGAAGGUCCCAGGCUACAUCCUUGACAGGAUGGAGGUUGGUGCGGCGCCGACGCUGGACGUUUAA